CAUUAUUAGGUAGCCAGACGUGUGGCGGAAACAAACAACAUGCAUCCCAUUCUCACACACACAAGCUUUGGGAGUUCGAUAAGAUCGUGUGUGAGAUGAACAGCAUGUGGCACUCUCAGUUGGUCAGUGCACGGCAAACUUGACGGAAGUGAUACCGGAUUAACUGAUUAACUUAAAGGAAGAUCAUCACAAUGUCCACGCUGGAGACUGAGGUGACUUUCCGCAAGCGAGCGGAAGUGAAUCAGAAUCUGGAGGCACAGUUUCGUAGCUCCUCCACGGAUUUCAUACUGCUCACAGAUCAUCGCACCUCCAAGUGCAGGAGCCUCGAGCAAUUGGAGCAGGCGAAGCAGGACAUUGAACCAAAGCCAUGCAUGAGCUAUGCGAGACGUGCUUUCCGCCUGAAGACGCUCAAGAAACGUCUGCCCAUCCUCAGUUGGCUGCCCAAGUACAACAGGAGCGAUGCCAUCGGUGACAUUAUAGCCGGAUUUACAGUGGGCCUAACAGUUAUACCACAAGGCUUGGCCUACUCGGGCGUGGUGGGUUUGCCACCAGAGUCUGGCCUAUACGGAUCCUUUCUCGGCUGCUUUGUCUAUGUGCUGUUGGGCACCUGCAAGGAUAAUACUAUUGGGAGCACUGCUGUCGCCUCAUUGAUGACAUUUCAGUUCGCUCAUGGCUCCUGGGCACAUUCAGUGCUGCUCACCUUUCUCACUGGCAUCAUAGAGAUUCUGAUGGCCAUCUUCAAGCUGGGCAGUUUGGUGGAGUUCGUUUCGGGUCCGGUUAGUGCGGGCUUCACCAGUGCUGUCUCACUAAUUGUGCUCACCUCGCAGAUGAAGUAUAUUCUGGGCGUGAGAAGUGACGGUGACUCCUUUCUACAAAGCUGGAUCAGCAUGCUUCGCGACAUUGAAAACAUACGCAUUUGGGACAGCUUCCUCGGAUUUGGCUGCUUGGCCCUGUUGCUGGCAAUCCGAAGUCUCAGCCGCAUACGCAUAGGCUCCAAGGAUAAAGUGAACCGUUCUCGAUUCCAGAAUGUGUUCAAUGAGAUGAUCAAGUUUGUGGGCGUCACACGAAAUGCAACUGUUGUCAUCGGGGCCACAAUGGUGGCCAUGUAUCUGGAGGCGAAUCACAUGAAUCCUUUCCGCCUGACGGGCUAUAUACCACCCGGAUUACCGACGCUAUCUUUGCCCAACUUCACAAUUGAGGCACAGCCGGGCAAUGCCACAGCGGGCAUUCCAGCAGUGCCUGGCGAGAGCUUCUUCGAUAUGGUGCAUAGUCUAGGAUACGGGCUGAUUAUAGUGCCGAUCAUAGCGCUGCUAGAGAACGUUGCCGUCUGCAAGGCAUUUGCCAAGAACAGGCAAAUCGAUGUUAGCCAGGAAUUGUUUGCCACUGGCGUGGCCAACAUAGCCACCUCACUGGUGAGUGGCUAUCGCAGCAACGGCGGAUUGGCCCGAUCCGCUGUAAAUAAUGCCAGUGGCUGUCGCACGAACAUGUCCAAUCUGUACAUUGGCAUUAUUGUGGUGCUAUCAAUUAGUUACCUCACCGAGUACUUCUACUUUAUACCAAAGGCGGUACUUGCUGCUAUCAUCAUCUCGGCCGUAGUUUUUCAACUUCAGUAUCAGAUCGUGUUGCCCUUGUGGCGCAGCAAGCGCUCCGAUCUUGUGCCUGGCGUGCUGGCCUUUUUCGCCUGUCUGGUACUUCCCCUUGAGAUUGGCAUUGUUAUCGCAAUUGGUGCGAAUCAGCUUUAUAUACUCUACCACUCAGCGCGGCCCAAGGUGACGCUGGAACAGCUGGAGACGGAACACGGCAUUAAGUUUAUAAAGAUCACGCCCGAUCGCUGUUUAAUAUUCCCGUCGGUGGAGUUUGUUCGCAACAUUUUGCUCAAAUCUGGCAGCAAGACAACUCUACCCAUUGUCAUCGAUUGUACGUAUAUUUUUGCAGCGGACUUCACCGCCGCCAAGGUAAUCUCUUCCAUGGUCGACGAUUUCCAUCGACGCCAGCAAAAGAUUAUAUUCUUCAAUCUCAAGCCGAGUGUCGUUAGCAUUUUUGAGGGACUCAAGACCAAACUGGUGCUAUGCUAUAACACUCAUGCUCUCUGCCAGGAACUGUUGCCAAGUGCUGCUCAAAAUCUGUCGCGCUCGGUGGACUCACUGGAAACAGGCACCAGCAUGGGCGAUUGUGUGAGCAUGACAAGCACCAGUACUUUAUCGAUGCCAAGAAUUUAGGCAUUACACCCCAGCCCAGUUGUAGAAUCAACGAAUACGCAAUUUAAUCAACUAAUGAAAUUUGAUUUGAAAUCAAUUAUCCUUAACACUAUUAUACCACGCUCAGCAUGGUCUGGGCAGGAAAUACCAGCGAAGAGGUCAACUUCUGCCAAUUGACGCCAUACUAUGUGAAUGGACGUUGGCGACCUGAGAGUAUGGAUCAAACAGAAUGCAUAUUUCCAUAGACAUAGUCCUUAUGAUUACGAUUCAAU